AUGGACGAGUCUUUAUGACUUCAGUUAGAAACUCGUGUCCGGAAACUUGUUAGAGACUUAAUUGAGCCUACAAUUCAGCGAGGAGAAAAACAAAAGCGGCUUCAAAAAGCAAUCGAAAAAACAAGUGAUGAAUUAAAAAAUCGCUUGGAUUUAUAUGAAGUCCAAGUAGCCAAACUUCUUACAAAAACAGAUAUGAUUGAUGGAUAUAGUAGGACUUUGAUGGAAUUUGAGGCUGGCUUAAGACUUGUGGAGUCUCGAUAUCAAUUUGAUAUAGAGUUCACACGAUUAGAGCUAGAAGGAUUUUCGAAAAAAAUCGCAAGUGCUUUAGAAACUGUGGCUGUUUUAGAUAUAUAUAAUUUGGCUAAUUUUAAUGAUAACCUUCCAUAUAUUUCUUAUAAAAUCAUGAUAGAAAUUUAUUAGUAUAAAAUUUGUUUUAAUAUCGAUUUCAAUAGAGGACAGCAUAAUCAAAGAAUUUCUAUGGAAAAAGACAUAGAAAGGCUCUAUAGCACUAUUAAUACAAAUAAGCACGAUCUAAAUGAAAAAAUCAGCAGAGUCGAUGAUAUAUUGAAAAAUCACAUAUCAGACUCAGAAAGUCUGAAUAAAGAAAUCCACAUAAAAGUCAAACAAUUAAACGAAAAUUUGAUGGACUUUAGCAAUGAUUUAGGAGAAACAAGCACAGUAGCAAAAAAGGUAGACAAAAUGUAUGAAGAUUUGAAGUUUCAAUUCAAGCAUUUCAAUAGAGUUUUGAAAACGUCCACAACUGAGUCGAAAGAUCAUAUAGAAAAAGUCCGACAAAUGGCCUCACAGUUUUCAGCUAAAGCCCAUGAUGAUAUAGCCCUGAGCUGCUUUUAGCUAUUAGAUAAUUUUAACUUUUGGAGCAGGAUGGAAAAAAAGGUUGUCAAGCUACUCUAAGAGCGGCUAAGGAGAGCUAAAAGUGGCCCUGGGCUAUAAUAAGUCAUUGAAAGAAUAUAUUGAAAAAGAAUACCAAAUGAAUAAUUUUUUACUUACUUACUUACUUAAUUAUCUGGUGUUUAAGGUGUCUAGUGCCGCAGCCCAAAAGGGCCUAUGGCAAAACUGAUGACGUAGGCGAGCCAUCUUGGCACGGGUCAGCCCCGUCCAAGCCUUCUAUCAACUCCUGCUUCACCGGCCUUGCUGCACGUCUCACCCGGCGCGUUGCCGUCACCCUUGUCGCUCGACUCAGCUCCUGCGCGUGUUCCGCCUAAGGGUCAUCCUCCCGUGGGGAUGUGCUGAGAGGUAAAAGCCCGAAAUCUUGAGUGGACUGAGGAGUGGUUCCUCUGGUUAUCCCCAGAGUUAAACCGCUAUUGCUGUCCAGAAGUUCUCGAGUGAAAACCUAACCCUAUAAAUAAAAUUCCAUGAGGGAGAGAAAAUUAGCAAAGCUAAUUUCUCUCGAACCGAAUGCCAUUUUAUUUAUAUGAAUAAUUUUUUACAAAUUUCUGAUAUUUUGCAUCAGUCUUUUACGGAUUUAAAAAACAAACAUAGUUUCGCAGAAUAUGAAACAGCAAAAUAUUUAGAAUGGGAAGAGCUUGGGGUUCCUAAACAUUUACAGAUUAGGGUAGGGAAAAAUAAAAGGAGAGCUAAAGAGGUGCUGGAUACUCCAAUCCCACCACCGCCACCACCUGAGCCUAGAAACAGACGAGAAACCCCUAAGUCUAACUUAUCAUCAAGCUAUUCAUCUAGAAGACCAGUCCAUAGUCGAUUCAGCUCAAAAAGACAGGAUGGAGAAAUUGGUGACCCAAAAGACAGCAGCGUAGAAAAGGACCAUACCAAAGCUUUAAACACACAAGAAAGCGUUCAAGGAGAAUCUCAAACUAAAGUAGCCCACGAACAAAUUUCAAGAGAUUCCCAUUUUUCUAGAGGCUCCAUAAACAAAUCUAUAACAGGAGCAAUCCAAGAAAUCGCAAAAGACUCUCAAAAAGACGUUUCUGAUAUUAAUAACGAAGAAAUUAGCCAGGACGUCCAGUCUUCAAAAUUCCUCACACAAGUUGAUAUACAGCAAGAAGCCGAUUCCCGACCUCAAGAAAUUUUUAUAGAUUCCCCUUGUUCUAGAGAUUCCUAUGAUAUAGCGCAAGGGUCAAGAAUGUAUGGAAUGGAUACUAUGGAAGAUGAAGAAGACAGACGAGAAUUUUAUAACGAUUCUGCAUUGAAUUCUCUUAUAUCACUAUGCAAUGAUUUAAAGUUCCAAUUUGAAGAUUUCCAAGGGCAGUUAGGAAAUUUGCAAGACCAAGUUAACAAUGUUAGGGAAGAUCUGCAGAGUAAUUUGGAGGAAUUUCAGAAUAUUCGACAAGAAAUCCAAAAACAAAAAGACGAAAACCAGACAAGCACAAAUGAAUUUAAUGGGAAAAUAGAAGAAAUUUUAGGAGUCCAUAGAGAUAUAGAAGUUUCCUAUGUUUGGCGCUGUAAGGCCGAUAAAUUCUGAUCGGAAUUUAUCGGUAGGUUGCACCAAAUCAAUGCCUUGGUCGGACCAAAAAGCGAUUUGGUCCGACGAACUUGGAAAGCUCCUGGGAAAAUGUCUGCGCUUUUAGCGCUAUAUAGAGGAAACCUCUAUAUAUACGAACAGCUUGAAAACUUGCAGCAAGCUGAAGAUGAGCUGUCAAAUAAACAGUCGCAAGCAUAUCUUGCACAAAUGCAGCUUAAAUCUACAUGUGAAGAGCUAAAAACCAGCAUAGAAAGCAUAUCAAAAAAUGAGAACCAUGAGCGAGAAAAAUUCAUGAAAAUCGUAGACCAGCAUAUUGAAGAUAUCAAUGAUAAUACUAACGACAUACAAAAAACUCAAGAAAAAUACAUAGAAGAAUCCACUAAAAAAUGAAACACUUUAGAAUUACUUAUAGAGCAAGCUGUAAAUGAAUGCAAUUCUGCAGUUGCCCAGCGUAAAAGAGACCAUUCUGACAAUGCUUCUGAGUUUAAAAAAGUUUUCCAGAAGGCUGAAGCUUUAACGAAAAAAAAUGAAAUAAUAAAUCAGUCAAUAGAAAAUUUAAGAAAAGUUAUUGAUUUAUUGGUGGAAUUUGCAAAAAUAAAUAUUGCGCUGGUGGGGCAGGAUGAAAUUGAUAAAGAAUCUAUGAGCCUUAUGGGGAUAAGAGACUCCCCAGUAAAAACCAGCCAUAGAAGCAGCUCAGUUACAAAAAGAAUGCCAGUUGAGCUAGACAAAGUAUGCCUUUCUUGCUCUGGGCAUGCAAAUUUGAUAGCAAAUGCUUUUAAAAUGGCUUGUAUAUCGUAUUCCCCAUCACUUGUCCCUUUCAGAGGCUGCCAAUAUGAUAGAAAUGAACUUGUAGAUCUUCAAAGAAAAAUUUUAGAUGGCGUCUGGGAUCAAAUUAACACUGAUUCUGGGAUUUUUGAAAUAAAUUUAUUGUCGCCCAAGCCAACUGAUUGGAAAUCAGCAGGGCCAUCACCUAUGCUGACUCAAACUUCUCGGUUUACCCCAAUGUCUGAAACUCUGCCUCCACUUUCUUUAUCAAGAAGGACGAAUAAUUAA